UCCCCAGAACGAACCGCGGGAGCGCAAUGGCACACACUACCCUCCUCCUUUUCGCCGUCCUGGGAUGCCUGAGUGUGGGGCUGGGGUCCAAACAGAGAGGGGACUUCAGCGUGACUGACAUGGACAUGGACACUGCUAAAGACGGGGACAUCAAAGCUCUGGAGGCGAGGCUGAACGCCACAGAGAAGGAGCUGGAGAAAGUCAAAUCUGAUGUGCAGCUCCUGGAGAAGGAGAACCAAGAUAUAAUGGCGAAGCUGAAUGACACAGUGGAAGAACUUGAAAAAAUAAAGAAACAAAAUGGAUCAACAACUACAGGGGGACCAAAAGUGGCUUUCUCUGCAUCCCUUGCUGCCUCUGGUGAGAUUUAUUUGAAACAGAGUGAUGCUUCCCCAAAUCUGGUUUACAAGCGGAUUUUCACUAACACUGGAGAUGCCUAUGACUCCAAGACAGGUACCUUCACUGCUCCUGUGAAGGGAAUCUACUUCUUUAGCUUCAGCACAUUUGGCUACAACGACUUCCUGAGUGGAGCCAUUCUCACCAAGAACGGUCAUUACAUGGUCUCUUCCUAUGACCCUCCAUCCCCUGGUGAUAGGGGCGACACUGGAGGAAACUCGGCCAUCCUCCAGCUGGAGAAAGGAGAGCGAGUCUCCAUGAGACUCUGGGAGACGUCCCAAGUAUUUGACAACCUCAAUGGCCACACUACAUUCAGCGGCUUUCUACUUUUCCCGUUGUAGAUGGAUUCAACAAUCGACUUUUUUUUUUCCAGCAUUUUCUAGCAUAACAUUAUGCACCCAAGUAGGCCUGGUAAACCAAGUGCGAUGGAUCCAAAGAGUAUGAAUAUACCAGCUCCUAGUGAUUCCAAACCAAACUGAAAUAAAUGUAUGCUGUACUAUUCUACCCAAUUAUCCUUAAACAACAUUCAAUUUAAUAAGGAUACUUGUUGCACUCCAUGUUUGUACCCUGUCUUAAACAGGACUUUGUUGGGGUAAUUUUUGCACUGCUUGUCUAUACCAUGUCUCAA